AUCACUUUAUUAGAGCCGGGAAAUGAAGUCCUGUAUUUUUGUGAUGUUUGUAAUGUAUUUACUUUUCGUUGCAGACGGUCUGAAACGGUCAGACGGUCGGAAAAGGGAAAAACGGGCUUCCAACAUAGUGGUGCCUUGCAGUGCCGUGCAAAAGAAAAUACCUCAUUUAGUGUCCACGAACAAGGCCUUGCGGAGCAAGCUUUUGAAGUGCAAACAAAAAGUCUGGUGUCCUCGCGAAGGUCCAGAUGGCAUUUACAAAAUCACGAUUGGGCGAAAGAAAAGUACGAAAGUGAUAGAAGCUUCUUGUAAAUCGUGUGGUUGGAUGGUAAUUCAGAGGCGUCUUGACGGCCAUGUAGAUUUUAACAAAAGCUGGACGGAGUACAAAGAUGGAUUUGGCCUAAUAAUGAAAGGAGAAUAUUUUAUCGGGCUCGAAAAUUUGCAUAUUAUUACGGAAACAAAACAAUAUGAACUUUUCAUUACGCUUCGGGAUGGAAAUGACAAUGGUGGCCACGCUAGAUAUGAUAAUUUUAAAAUUGGAAAUGAAAAGGAGGAAUUUGAGCUAAAAUCUUUAGGAAAAUAUUCUGGCACAGCGGGUGACUCCCUGAGAUCGCAUGAGAAAAUGAAGUUUACCACCUUUGACAGAGAUAAUGACCUUUCUGACAGUAACUGCGGAAUCCCCUAUUACAGUGGUUGGUGGUAUCACAAUUGUGCCACAAGUAACCUCAAUGCAAAAUGGUAUAAAGGCGGAAUAAAAAACGGACAUGGUUUUGGAAUUAGUUGGGAUAAUAUGACAGCUGUUGAUGGAUCCUUUUCUAAAAAAACACUUGUCUUUGUUGAAAUGAUCAUCAAACCAAAAUCGUGCAAAAUAAUAGAAAAUUAAAUAAAA